GGCUCUGUAGCACAAUGAUCGGAAGACUGGCUGCUUUGAUUCUUCUAAGUACUGCGUCCCUGAUUCAAACUGCAGAGGUUCCUCACCAGAUCUCUUCGACUGUGGUUGAACUUGGAGAUAAUUUGACUCUGUCAUGUUCAUUCAGUGAAAAUGAAGCCGGGUUGUUUUACUGGUAUAAGAUAAAGUUUGGAUAUAUGGUUCAAACUGUUGCAUCAGGAACUUUAAAGUCAAUAAAACUUCAAGGACAAUUUGACAACUCAAGAUUUGAAGUCACAAAUUUGAACGCUCAGUAUGUUCUUAAUAUCAGAAAUGUAAACAAAGAAGAUGAAGCAACAUACUUCUGUCUAGCAGGAUCGGCAUACAUAAUGAAACUCAUUAACGGCACACUUUUGGCUGUGAAUGAUCAUAAAAAUGUGCAGAAAUCUGUCCUCGUGAAACAAAGUCCGGAGACGGAGUCGGUCCGGCCGGGCGACUCAGUGACUCUCCAGUGUUCACUUCUCUCCACUGACAAAGAAAACGCAGAUCAGUGUCCAGGUGAACACGAUGUGUACUGGUUCAGAUCUGGAUCAGGAGGAUCACAUCCAAGCAUCAUUUACACUCACAGUGACGAACAAAAGGAAAGAAGUUGUGUCUACAGUCUGUCCACAACUAUACAGAACUCAUCUGAUGCUGGGACUUACUACUGUGCUGUGGUCACAUGUGGACAGAUCCUGUUUGGUGAAGGAACUAAAGUGGAGACAAAACAAAAACUGGACCCGUUACUCAUUGUGCUCGUGAUGCUGCUGGCCUGCUGUUUGAUUGGGAUUGCUGCACUAAUUAUCUCCAGAAAUCAAAAGCCAGUUUGUGAACAUUGCAAAGGAAAAGCCUCUAAUCGUGCUCAACGUGCUCGAUCAGCUGAGGAUCAACCAACUAAUGUGGAUGGUGAAGUGCAACUGAACUAUGUAGUGCUGGAUUUCCCCUCACAAAAAGCUAAAAGAUGGAGGAAUAACAGGGAGUUACCACAGGACUGUCUGUACUCUGGCACGAGUGAUUAUCAGUGAAGAAAGUACAUAUAACAGUGAUAUGUUCAUUGUCACAUAAAAUACAUUUCUUGCAGCUUGGAUUCCUGUAAAAAAUAAACGAGAUGAGAGAUUGUUAAUGGUAUUUUUAAAAGCAUAAUCAGAGAGAUUAGUUUAAGAUAGAGUUUACUGUAUGAUUUGUGAUGUUGCCUGGUGAAACCAAGAAUAGAUAUGAAUUAUUAUUUUAUUAGUUGUAUUAUGUCUUGUGAUAUUGAUCUUGUGUACUCAAAAUCGGACUGAAAUAUGUAAAAAAAUAUAUUUUAUUGCCAUUAAAAAGAAAAUUUGUGAA